GGGACUCCCCGGAAGCGGCUGGCAUGUCUCUGCGGCUCCUGACCCAGGCAGUGAGGUCAGAUGGCUCUGCUUGCAAGCACCGCCCAUGCAGCUCCCAUUGGCUGCGGUUCCCAGCCAAUGGGAGCUGUGGAGCUGGAGCUCAUGGCGGAGGCAGCGCAUGAAGCCUCCCUGGCCUUCCCUCCCCCUAGGAGCUGCAGGAACACAUGGAGCUGGGUAGGGAGCCUGCCAGCCCGCCCGCCAACCCUCCGCGUGCCCCCUCCCUCCCCCCAGCACCAGUGGGGGUCCUGGGUUGCACGCUGCUGCCAGGCCACCCCAGCCCCAGUGGGGGUCCCGAGCUGCACCUGCAGCACCCCUGCCCAAGUUUUAGUUAGGGUAUCAUACAAGUCAUGGACGGGUCACGGGCCAUAAAUUUUUGUUUACUGCCUGUGACCUGUCUAUGACUUUUCCUAAAAAUACCCAUGACUAAAACAUAGCCUUAGUAACGUGUAAAUGCUUGGUCUCCCUUAUUGUCCAGCUCACGUUAAUUGGCUUCUGUGUGUCAGUAUAGCUAUACUGAAAAAAAUUAAUGAAGCAGUUGUUUCACCCUACAUGAAAGGGACCUGUUGAGUUAAUAUUCGGAAACCUCCAAGUAAGAUCUACAUUUUGCAGGAAGUUGUUUGGCCUCUUCUCUUGGUACUUAACCUGUACGUCAAAAUGACUGUAGUAGUGGGAGACUUUGUGCUGUUGGAGAUACUAUCCUUUAGGUGAGAUGCAUAAAACAAAUAUCCUUUUCAGUUCUCCUCAUGAAAAAUCAUUGGCACUACUUGUCAGAGUAAGAUUAAAUUAUUAACAUAGUUUCCUGUGUCAGCCUAAAUAUUCCCCUGUACCUUCAAUAGGAUAUUUUAAUUGACUGUUAUAUUUUCACGCUCUGUUCUAAACUAUUGUUGUAGUGCUUCUGUGAGCUGUUAAACUGCAGCUCUAUUUCACCCUUGAUGCAGUAGCAUUUCAGUAGUAGAUUAAGUUUUAUCUGUGUAUAUCCUGUUUCUACUUAAGUGUGUUGUGUGAUUUUAGGGCUUGUCUUCAUGGGGUUAUUCUGCAAUAGCUAUUCCUGAUUAACGAUUUCUAAUUAACUCCAUGUGUGAACACUGGUAUUCCAGAAGAAGAGUUCUUUUCUCAAAAUUAGCUUAAUGCACUAAGGCACUCUUAUUCUGAAAUAACAUCCACAUAUGGAGUUAAUCAGGAAUAGUUAACCAAUUUUAAAUUCACACCCUACUUUUUCCAGAUUAACUUUCACAUGUAGACAAGCCCUUAAUUAGAAGCUGUUAAUAAAAUGCUCGGAGGUCUCUGAAAGAUGGUGUAGAAAUGCCAGUGUAUUAGCAUCUACUAAACUAGUGGUUCUCAACCUAUUUACUAUUGUGGGCUGCACAUGCAGCUCUCUGUUAUGUAGGCCACAUACCACACACUAUAUGUACUACCUGUGUUGCCCUGAAGAUGUCACAUGAGCUGCAGCUGUGUGCUGAAUGGGCUGCAAGCGGCCCACGGGUUGAGAACCACUGUACUAAGCUAAUACCUUAACCUUUUCAGAAUGUUGACAUGCUUCACGUUGCCUACAGUAUUACUUAGGAGCAUAUAUGUAAUGUAUAGGAUUUACUUCAGCAACACCACAAUUAUUUAGUUUGUCUACAUGGGGAAGUUUUUCCGGGAUAAGGUAGGGAGUGAAUUUAAAGCACAAUAGUUAUUUUGGAAUAGCUCCCCGUGUGAACUCUCUUAUUCUGGAAUAAUGGUCCCUUUUUCCAGUAGAAUAAAUUAAACCAGAAAAAGGCGCACUUGCUUCAGAAUAAGAGUGUCCACAUGGGGAGCCAUUGUGGAAUAGCUGUUCUAGUCAACUUUCAUGUGUAGGCAAGCGCUCAGGAUCUUAAAAUGAAUGAGGACAAAACUCAUUAGAAUGCCAAUGUAAGAACUACACCAGAAUGCAUUGUAUUUAGUAGCAACACCAUUAGACUUAACUUUGAGUUUGUGUUUAAGCAUAAACUAUCCCCAGAAGGGUCAGUGCCAAGUUGUCUAGACAGGACUUCACCAAAUUCUCUACAAUUAAAAGUGUAAACUGUGAUUUCAAAUGUGAAGGAGACUCUGAAGUUAAUAAGAGAACUCAGUCACAUGAGUUGUGAAUAUUUGGUGUCACCUGGAAACAGACAUUUUUCUUUUUUUCACUUCCGAACUCUCAAAAAGUUACAAAUAAGAAACCUAGCCCUGGUCUACACUAGGACUUUAGGUCGAAUUUAGCAGCGUUAAAUCGAUGUAAACCUGCACCCGUCCACACGAUGAAGCCCUUUAUUUCGACUUAAAGGGCUCUUAAAAUGGAUUUCCUUACCCCACCCCUGACAAGUGGAUCAGCGCUUAAAUCGGCCUUGCCGGGUCGAAUUUGGGGUACUGUGGACACAAUUCGACGGUAUUGGCCUCCGGGAGCUAUCCCAGAGUGCUCCAUUGUGACCGCUCUGGACAGCACUUUCAACUCAGAUGCACUGUCCAGGUAGACAGGAAAAGAACCGCGAACUUUUGAAUCUCAUUUCCUGUUCGGCCAGCGUGGCAAGCUGCAGGUGACCAUGCAGAGCUCAUCAGCAGAGGUGACCAUGAUGGAGUCCCAGAAUCGCAAAAGAGCUCCAGCAUGGACCGAACGGGAGGUACGGGAUCUGAUCGCUGUAUGGGGGGAGGAAUCCGUGCUAUCAGAACUCCGUUCCAGUUUUCGAAAUGCCAAAACCUUUGUCAAAAUCUCCCAGGGCAUGAAGGACAGAGGCCAUAACAGGGACCCGAAGCAGUGCCAUGUGAAACUGAAGGAGCUGAGGCAAGCCUACCAGAAAACCAGAAAGGCGAAUGGCCGCUCCGGGUCAGAGCCCCAAACAUGCCGCUUCUAUGAUGAGCUGCAUGCCAUUUUAGGGGGUUCAGCCACCAGUACCCCAGCCGUGUUGUUUGACUCCUUCAAUGGAGAUGGAGGCAACACGGAAGCAGGUUUUGGGGACGAUGAGGAGGAGGAGGUUGUAGAUAGCUCACAGCAAGCAAGCGGAGAAACCGGUUUUCCCGACAGCCAGGAACUAUUUCUCACCCUGGACCUGGAGCCAGUACCCCCCGAACCCACCCAAAGCUGUUUCCUGGACCCGGCGGGCGGAGAAGGGACCUCUGCUGCAUGUGUUUCAAUGAUCACAGGAUCUUCUCCUUCCCAGAGGCUAGUGAAGAUUAGAAAGAAAGAAAAAAAAAAAAAGCACUCGAGAUGAAAUGUUCUCCGAGCUCAUGCUGUCCUCCCACACUGACAGAGCACAGACGAAUGCGUGGAGGCAAAUAAUGUCAGAGUGCAGGAAAGCACAAAAUGACCGGGAGGAGAGGUGGCGGGCUGAAGAGAGUAAGUGGCGGGCUGAAGAGAGGGCUGAAGCUCAAAUGUGGCAGCAGCAUGAUGAGAGGAGGCAGGAUUCAAUGCUGAGGCUGCUGGAGGAUCAAAUCAGUAUGUUCCAGUGUAUGGUUGAGCUGCAGCAAAGGCAGCUGGAGCACAGACUGCCACUACAGCCCCUGUGUAACCAACCGUCCUCCUCCCCAAGUUCCAUAGCCUCCACACCCAGACGCCCAAGAACACGGUGGGGGGGGGCCACCGGCCAACCAGCCACUCCACCACAGAGGAUUGCCCAAAAAAAAGAAGGCUGUCAUUCAAUAAAUUUUAAAGUUGUAAACUUUUAAAGUGCUGUGUGGCAUUUUCCUUUCCUCCUCCACCACCCCUCCUGGGCUACCUUGGUAGUCAUCCCCCUGUUUGUGUGAUGAAUGAAUAAAGAAUGCAUGA